UUUUUACUCUUGUUUUUUUUUUUUUUUUUUUUUUUUUUUUUUGCGCGAAGCCCGCCAUCCUUGGUAAAGGCUGUUCUAAAAUAUUGUAGGCUAACUUAUUUUCCGGGACUGGAAAAAAAAAAAAAAAACACUCUCAUCAGAAUUUGAGAGUAUACUGCUUUUUUUUCUAAAAGGGUUGCAUUUUCAGGGCUAAACACAAUGAAUAAGCUUUAUAUCGGCAACUUGAGUGAAGACGCGAGCCCCGUGGAGUUAGAAAGUCUCUUCAAGGAGUGGAAGAUACCUUUCAGUGGCCAGUUUCUUGUUAAAACUGGUUACGCGUUUGUAGAUUGCCCAGAUGACAACUGGGCAAUGAAGGCCAUCGACACACUCUCAGGUAAAGUAGAACUCCAUGGAAAACUUCUAGAGGUGGAACACUCGGUCCCCAAAAGACAAAGGAGUCGCAAACUCCAGAUAAGGAACAUCCCGCCACACCUGCAGUGGGAGGUGUUGGACAGCUUAUUGGCUCAGUAUGGCACAGUAGAAAACUGUGAACAAGUUAACACUGAGACAGAGACUGCAAUAGUGAAUGUUACAUACGGUGCCAAGGACCAGGCCAGGCAAGCAAUAGAGAAGCUCAAUGGCUACCAGCUAGAGAACUAUGAUCUGAAGGUGACCUACAUCCCAGACGAGAUGACUACGGCACAGUCCCCCCAACAGCAGCCCCCUCAGGGAGGCAGACGGGGGUUUGGUCAGAGGGGUCCUCCGCGGCAAGGCUCCCCUGGUGCGGGUGCCCGGCCCAAACAGCAGUCAGAUGUGCCGCUGCGUGUGCUGGUCCCCACGCAGUUUGUAGGAGCCAUCAUUGGCAAGGAAGGAGCAACCAUUAGAAACAUCACAAAACAAACACAGUCCAAGAUUGACAUCCAUCGGAAAGAGAAUGCUGGUGCGGCGGAGAAGCCGAUCACAAUCCACUCGACUCCUGAAGGAUGUUCCUCGGCUUGUAAAACACUCAUGGAGAUCAUGCAGAAAGAAGCUCAGGAUACUAAAUUCACUGAAGAAAUUCCUUUGAAAAUUUUAGCACACAACAACUUUGUUGGAAGACUAAUAGGGAAAGAAGGCAAGAAUUUAAAGAAGAUUGAGCAGGACACGGACACCAAAAUCACCAUUUCGCCCUUGCAGGAUCUAACCCUUUAUAAUCCAGAGAGGACCAUCACAGUCAAGGGCAGUAUUGAAGCCUGUGCCAAGGCUGAAGAAGAAGUCAUGAAGAAAGUCCGAGAAUCCUAUGAAAAUGACAUGGCUGCCAUGAAUCUUCAGUCGCAUUUAAUCCCUGGGUUAAACCUGAAUGCCUUGGGUCUGUUUCCUCCCUCGUCUCCCGGGGUGCCACCCUCUCCAAUGAGUGCUGCUCCCCCCUCUGGCGGAGCCUCCUAUCCUUCAUUUGGGGGAAAGUGUCUUGAAGUGCUUCUAAACGGUGAACUUCAGCAGCAGCAGCAGCCAGAAUCGGAGACAGUACAUUUGUUCAUCCCAGCCUUGGCUGUGGGAGCCCUCAUUGGCAAACAAGGGCAGCACAUCAAACAGCUCUCCCGCUUUGCAGGAGCAUCUAUAAAGAUUGCUCCAGCCGAAGGACCAGAGGCCAAACAGAGAGUGGUGAUAAUCGCAGGACCACCAGAGGCUCAGUUUAAGGCUCAAGGAAGAAUCUUUGGGAAACUAAAAGAAGAAAACUUCUUUGGCCCCAAGGAGGAAGUAAAACUGGAAGCCCAUAUAAAAGUGCCGUCUUAUGCUGCCGGCAGAGUUAUAGGCAAAGGAGGCAAAACGGUGAACGAGCUGCAAAACCUUACCAGUGCAGAAGUAGUUGUUCCCAGAGACCAGACCCCCGAUGAAAAUGAUGAAGUAAUAGUGAAGAUAACAGGUCAUUUCUAUGCAAGCCAGCUUGCCCAGCGAAAAAUUCAGGAAAUUUUGGCCCAGGUAAAAAGACAACAGCAGCAGAAAACUGUGCAGAGUGUACAGCCCCAACCAAGAAGAAAAUAAAUGAAAGGUUCAGGACCCAGGCCCAUCACAGACAGGUGCCAGACCAAGAGAAAGCUUGACUGUUGCCAGCAGCAGAGCCACAAAUUCCUGGUGGCCGCUCUUGACAAUUCCCAUCUACUUGGUCACCUUUUAUUUUGGACCAGGCAGCCUUGGAACUGUCUCCUGAGAAUUUGCGUUUUGGCUUUGAAAACUAUUUUUGAAACACAGCUUUAAAAGAGAACAAAUCUCAGACCCCUUCGCUUCCCUUUUUUGUUCUAUUCUCGCCACCACAAAUCCUGGUUUGUGUGUGUUUUGUUUUGUUUUUUCCCCACACAAAUGUUUUAUUAGACCUUUGGUUUAAUGAAACUUUUUCUUUUGGUUUCGCUGGUUAUUAAAGGCAUGGCUCUUCUAGUUAAUUUGUUGAUGUCUGGAGGGGGAGGAUUAGGGUGGGUUUUUGAUUAGGGGAGGGGGAACAGGAAAGACAUCAAUUAUUCACGUGGCAUUUUAUAAAUUCGGAUGCUUUUCUUUUUAUAGAAAACACUGCUAUAUUAACCUAAGGGAAGUGUUGAAUGGUGUUGGCCAGGAUAUGAAAUUUAAUAUGCAUUUUACUAAACUACCUCAGGCAUAUAGUACCUCAGCGCAAACACUUUUUUUUUUUUCUUUAUGGUAUUUUUUGUAUACUUUAUAAAGCUAAUAGUUCUUGAACAUUUUCUUAUUUUUUUUAAUAAAGAUAAAUUAAUUUUAAUCAGUUACCAACCAGGAGUGCCUUUUGACUAUAUUCUCACCACUAUAUAUAUUUAAUAUAUAUAUAUAGUGUGUGUGUAAAAAUGUGUAUAUAUAAAAGUAAAGUUCUAUAAAGUGAGGAAAGAGUUGUGGUGCUCCUUGCUGAUGGGAGUAUUUAAAUAAAAUAAUUGCCUCGGUUUUCCUGAGGUCAACAGCACCAUCAUAGUGAAAAAGAUAUAACUAAUAUAAGAUGCCGAAAUAAUGCCAACAUUAACAGCAGCAACGCCAUUUUAUUUUUGGGGAUAUAUGAAAUUUUUAGGUUUGGUAGUUUUUUGUUUAUGGGGGGGGGGGGAUGGGGACUGACAGGACUGGACAUAAGGAAGUGAUCGGAGGCUUUUCUUUUUUUUAAUCGGAUAUUUUUGCUGUGCACUUUGGUUAACUGUGAAUCCUCUGUGCUUUUGUUCAUCACUGCCUCCUUUUUUUUUUUUUUUAAAUAGGAAUUUUGAAAACAAAAUAAACCGUGCAGCCGACCUGGAUUAGCCAUUCUGUUUGACGUGCACGUUUUCAUGUUCCGUUGCUUGAUAGAAUAUUGAUCAGUUGUGUGCAUGACUAAGACAGUACUGCAUGUCGAACAACAAUACAUCAUUCUUGUUGCAAUCGUGGUGGUGGGGGGGGGGGGGCAAACCGUUUGAUCACACUAAAGAUGUCAACUAAAGGAUAAGUUUACAUAUCCAGCCUCUGUAAAAGGCCACAGUAAGCCACUUGGAAGGUUUGGAGCUCCUUUUUAAGGCCUUCUGCUUGGUUUACUACGGGUACAGCAAGGUUUAUGCACAUUCGCAGACACAAAUGGUGAAUUCUGUAGAAUUUAGUUUAAAAAAACGAAAGCUACCAGUUUUUUUUCUUGCAGAGUGUAAAUGUAAUUUGGUUGUUUUAACUUAUGCAUUCAUGCUUUUACAAUAUAACUCUUCUCAGUCUACCUCAACUCUCAAAUUAUGGCAGUGCAUAAAAACUGCUGUGUGGUCUUACCAGAGCCAUGCUAAUACCUCUGAACCGUUUUGUGAUGUUUUUGUACAUAAGAUCAGAAGCAUCAUGCUGCACUGAUUUGAGGGGCACACAUUUGCAUAACUAUUUUUUUCACCAUUUAUCUACCUCUUAGACAUAUAUAUUGAAAUAGAGGCAUUUCUACUUUAGACUGGAUAAUUUCCCAAAGAUCAUUGUACAGAUUAAACAUUUGAAAAAGAUGGAAGUUUUGUUUUGCCUGCAUUUUUUAUAUUAAUUGAUUUAAAAACCUUAAACUUAUGAUGUAGCUUUAGCAAACAAAACACAAAAAAAAUGGCAGUGGCUUUCUUCAUGUAGUUUUUUAGACUUUUUUUCCUUACAUAGAUUAAAAAAAAAUGGUUGGUUAAUAAAGGACACUUUUGAAUUCUGUUAAAGGCUCAUUCAAAAGCCAAUCUGUUAAUAUUGAGGGGGGGAAAAAAAAGGAUUUGACUAAUUUUUUCAUUAAUUUGUUUUCAAACAGGUGCUGCAUUUUGAAUCUGCUUUUUUUAUAUAUAAGCCUGUUCUAUUUACAUUUCUAGGCUGUAUAGUGUGGUAAAUCAUGUUUUCCAAAUGAGAUUUAAAGUAAAAUGAGUUUUGGUAUCGGCAAAGCAUGGAUCAUUUCUCAUCUAUACUGUGCCUCUAAUGCAGCUCCACUUGUCAAAUGCCUCUGAAUGAAAUAAAGAAUUUGCUCCCAAA